AUGUGGAAAACCCAGAUGAUGUACGUCAUUGGGGUGGUGAAGGCAUCCAACGAGUUUGUUCUUCACGUGGACGAUGACAUCGCUAUCAUCGAUCUGGCUAGCAAGGGUAUGGGCAGUUUUGUUGAGGCAGCGGUUGAGAAAUUCCAGGCCUCGGACACGGUAGUUUUGGGGUCAUUGGGGAUGUGCGAGCGUCAGGAAUCGAAGAAGUUGGCUCGGUGUGGAGCGAGUCGGGGCAUCGAGCUUUUCUGCUCCAGCACUUUCGUAAGCACUCAACUGUACAUGACCCAAAAGAGCAGAUUUGCCCAGAUGAGCCCCAUUCAGUAUUGGAGACAUUUCUCGGAGAGUUCGCUAAGCGUCAGCAUUCGGAAGAUGAACCUAUCUUCGGUCAUUUUCGAGGUACCUGGCAUCUGUAAGUCGCAAUUUAAACAUGGUUUCGAAAGGACACCUUUGACGUCGGAGGAAAAGGCCGAGGCCCAAUUCGUCGCGAAGAAAUUCAGCUCCAAUGCGAUCAAUGAGAAAAUGAGUGGGCUUAAGUGCAAGUUCAGAUAG